AGUUAAAAGACAAUGAAAAUUAUAUACAUUGCUACUCAUACAGUUCUCUUUUUACUUUUAUAUUCUCCUGUUAGCAGUGGUAGUGAUAAAACUUCAGGACAUAAGAAUAGUGAAGAAAAUAAAAAUAUGAUAUUACCACCAUGUGCAGCAUGCAAAAUAUUGGUUGACAGUUUCAAAAAGGGAAUUGAAAAAACGAGUCGUGGAAAAUUUGAAGGUGGAGACAGUGCUUGGGAAGAAGAUAAGCUUGGUUCUUAUAAAACUAGCGAGGUACGGUUAAUUGAAAUUCAAGAAGGAUUAUGCAAAGAUGUUGAAUAUGGUGAAACUCAGUGUCAUUCACUCGCAGAUGAUAUAGAAACUUUUAUUGAAGAAUGGUGGUUUACACAUCAAAAUAAUAAUUUAGAUUUGUUUGAUUUUUUAUGUAUACAAAAAGCUAAGAAAUGUUGUCCAAAAAAUCAAUAUGGACCCAAUUGUGAAAAGUGUUCAGGAUAUCCAGAUAAUGUUUGUAAUAGUAAUGGAAAAUGUAAGGGUGCAGGAACUAGAAAGGGAAAUGGUAAAUGCACAUGUGAUAAUGGUUAUACUGGAGAAUAUUGUUUUGAAUGUGCCAAUGGAUUUUAUACGUCUUAUAAAGAUGAAAAAAAAUUAUUAUGCUCUUCUUGUCAUAGAGCAUGUAAAUUUACAUGUCUAGGAGGAAGUUCUAAGGACUGUCAUGAAUGUAACCCAGGAUGGAAAUAUAUUGAUGGAAAAGGUUGUUUCGAUGUUGAUGAAUGCAUUGAAAUAAAAAAUAGUUGCCCAGACAAUCAUUUUUGCAUUAACAAUGAAGGCAACUUUUCUUGUAUAGUUUGUGAUAAAGCUUGCAACGGCUGCUUGGGAGACGGUCCUGACAUGUGCGAUCAGUGUACUGAAGGAUUUGAGAAGAAAGGUAGUUUAUGUAUUAAUAAAGAUCUUCUUGGACGUAAAACUCAAGAAAAUUGGACUCGUUAUAUUACAUAUUUUGGACUUGCAGUUGCUACAGGUAUUAUUUUAGAACGCAGCGUAUAUGCAGCUAGUAUUAUUGGACUGUUUAUUGCAAUUUACAUAUCUGUUUCUGAAUAUGUAAUUGCACACAGUGGAAUAGAAGAUUCAUUGCCAAAUUUAAGUAUAAUAGAUAAUAUUUCAUAAUAAAUUUUUAACUAAUAGACCAU